AUUUGUUGCGAGUCAGACAGAGUGUUCAUCAGUGGUUCCAUUCUUCUGGUGCGAGUCGAAGCGAUUUUACGAGAAGAACCUUUUGGUUUCUCCGAAAUCAUCCAAAAUCCGCCAUGGAAGCAACUACAAGAAUCUUCACUACUUCUUCAGCUAUCAAUCGUCGUCUUCUUCUCAGUAAGCUCAACCUAAAAUCAGAUCCCCGUACGAUCAAUUUCACAAAUCAGCUACUACACAAUGCCGUUUCCAGAGAAUCCUCUAUCUCCGCCUUUCGUAUACGAUGCUCUUCGCUUCCACCCAAUUCGAAUCUCUUCAAAUCACUCUUCUUCCUAACGUCAACGUUUCGUUUCGAGAACACCGCCGUUCACGCCAAUCCAUUCCGAUCCGAACCUAACGAUGGCGUCGCUGUCUGGAAUAGAGCUCCACGGAGUGUGAACGGAGGAGGAAACGCGGCGAUAUUCGGCGGGAAGGAGAAAGAGACGACGGUGGUUCUUCUCGGUUGGUUAGGAGCGAAAGCGAAACAUCUUAGGAGAUACGUUGAGUGGUAUAAUUCCAGGGGAAUUAACGCUGUUACUUUCACCGUCGACGUUAGGGAUUUGCUCCGGUUAGAUCUUGGUCGGAGGCUUGAACGAAGGAUAGCUGAAUUUGGUAAUGAAUUGGUCAAUUGGGUAUCGGAGAAAGAAGAUGAUGGUAGAGAGAAAUGUUUGGUGUUUCACAGUUUCAGUAACACUGGUUGGCUUGUCUAUGGUGCAUUGCUAGAGAGCUUUGUUGGUAGACAAGAUUUAGUAGAAAAGAUUAAAGGUUGUAUCAUCGACUCGGGAGGAGCAGAUCCUCUAGAUACUAAGAUUUGGGCAGCCGGGUUUACUGCUGCUAUACUGAAGAAGCGGAGCUCCACCAUAACCACAGAACCAAACAGUCCCAUAAGCGAAGACGAUGCCUCAACACCACAAAAGAAGGAACCUUUAGGAAUCGAAGACAUGAUGCUAUCAUCUCUAGAGAAACUCUUCCCCAUCUUCUUAAACCUCCCGGAUGUCAAUACGAGGCUAACGAAAAUCAUCCAAAAACUAUAUGAGAACCAUCCUCCAUGUCCUCAGCUCUAUCUUUACAGCUCAGGGGACAAAGUUGUUCCGUCUCAAUCCGUUGAGCUCCGCAUCCGAGAACAACAGAAGAUGGGAAGAAACAUACAUUCUUUCAAUUUCAAGUUCUCUCCUCAUGUCGAUCAUUACCGGAAUUUUCCUGACAUGUAUUCCUCACAGCUUCAAAACUUCUUGCAAGAGUGCUUCACACCAACAAAACAACAACAGAAUGGGUUUAGAAAUUGUCAGAGGAGAAGAGUUGGGGAUUUUGCUACUGAAGAUUCAAAGAUGUCUCCGGCGAAUUCGUUUGGUGCUGUCGUUUUCGGCGGUACGUUUGAUCGAUUACACGAUGGGCAUCGAAUGUUCCUCAAGGCAGCGGCGGAGCUGGCUAGGGAUCGGAUCGUAGUGGGAGUGUGUGAUGGCCCAAUGUUGACGAACAAGCAAUUCGCUGAAAUGAUUCAACCCAUUGAAGAAAGGAUGCGUAAUGUGGAGAACUAUGUCAAGUCUAUCAAGCCCGAGCUGGUUGUGCAAGCUGAACCCAUUAGUGAUCCAUAUGGUCCUUCUAUCGUAGAUGAAAAUUUGGAAGCUAUUGUAGUCAGCAAGGAGACGUUACCCGGUGGCUUGUCAGUUAACAGAAAAAGAGCAGAAAGAGGGCUUUCUCAACUUAAGAUUGAAGUUGUGGAAAUAGUUUCUGAUGGAUCAAGUGGAAAUAAGAUAAGUUCAAGUACUCUGAGAAAUUCUUUCUCCCGGAAAACUGAAACACCCCGUUUCAGAGAUAACGAAGAUCUUUACUCUGUUUCACAAACCCAUCACCGGUUUUACAAGAUGAAUGAUCUGAUGACAAAAUCGUUCUUAAGUUAUGUUGAAUUGAAGAAACAAGCGAAGAUAGAUAUGGAAUCUGAUCGUGAUUUGGAGAAAGGUGAAGACUUUAACUUCGAUUUCAGUCCAGCGGAUGAAGAAAACCUCUCUGGUUUCUUUCAAGAAAUCGAAACCAUCAAAACCCUAAUCGAAGAGAUCACUCAUCUCUUACUCGAUCUCCAAAACCUAAACGAAGAAACCAAAUCAACUCACAGUACCAAGAUCUUACGUGGGUUAAGAGACAGAAUGGAAUCAAACAUCGUCACCAUCUCUCGUAAGGCCAACACAGUCAAAACCCUAAUCGAGACUUUGGAGAAGAGAAACGUUGCGAAUCGUACGAGUUUCAAGGAAGGAUCUUGCGUGGACAGGACAAGAACUUCGAUAACUAAUGGAGUUAGAGCGAAACUGAGAGAGAAGAUGAGUGAGUUUCAUCGAUUGAGGGAAAGAAUCUUUGCUGAUUACAGAGAAGAUCUCAAAAGGAAGUAUUUUUUAGCGACUGGUGAAGAACCAAGUAAUGAAGACAUGGAGAAGAUGAUCUCUGGAUCUGGGUCUUGUUCUGAUUUGGCUAAGACAUUUGAAGUAAAGCCAGAGAUGGAUUUGAAGACUAAAGAGAGACAUGAAGCAGUGAAUGAUAUCAAGAGAAGUCUUAAUAGGCUUCAUCAAGUGUUUCUUGACAUGGCUGUUCUUGUUGAGACUCAAGGAGAUCGAAUUGAUGACAUUGAAGCUAAUGUUGCUAAUGCAGGGAGCUUUGUGAGUGGAGGUACUAAUAGUUUGUACUAUGCUAAUCAGAUGAAGAAGAAGACUAAGAGUUGGGUUCUUUGGGUUUCGAUUUUGGGUGUUCUUAUUCUUCUUGUGUGUGUCAUCUCAAUGCUUGCUUCUCGUUGAGUGUUUUGAGAAGAGAUUUGGUUGCUUUCAUGUGUUCUUUAGGCACUGUUCUAGUUUUAUUUCAUUAGAUGUUUUCAUGAUUUGUGUAUCAGAAGAAACUUCAGGUUUUGUAUUCAUGAAUCUUUCUUUGUCCACAAAUCUUUUGUGUUGAUCAUAUUAAUGUCUAAGAGAGAAGAAACAAGUGCAUGAUGUAAUGUUUCUAUUGGACUAGUAGAUAUCUGAAGGAUAGUGAAUCAAGACAAAAGUUUCAU